AUGGAACAGGAUCAAAAUAUUAAAUCAAAUGUAACCAAUCUCGAAAAAGACGAGUCGUUAAAGAACGUCUCUCAAAAUAAAAAUUGUACUGAUCGUCCAACAACUUUAAAUACGACAACAAGCAAUACAUCUCCUCAUCAUAAUAUUCGGCGUUAUAAUAUUGAUGAUAUUCGUACAACUCCAUCACCAAUCGAUCAACGAUAUCGUAUGUUUCAAGCAGGUAGUAUUAUUAGUCCAACUACAUUUGCACGUGUAGAAACAACUGUUUAUAACAAAAUUAAUGCUAGUGAACAAGGUUCUGACGAUGAUGAUGAUGAUGAAAAUAAUGAAUAUAUGUCAAAUGAGACAAAUGCAAAUGAUAUUGAACAUUUAACUCAAUUAAUUAUUCGUGAAAAACCUAAGGAGCAUAAUGAAGUGGCUGAUGCUCUGAUGGAUUUAUUACAGUUAGUGAAUAGUCCCAUAGUAACAACAACAGCAAGUUCAAUGAUGACAGAUACGAACGACAACAAUAUUGAUCAAACACCAGAAAUGAUUAUUACUUCUUCAUCUUCAGAUCAUCCAUAUCCACCUAUCAAUCAAACAGGUAUCGUGACAGAACAUGAUCGACCUUAUGCAGAUUAUGGUCAUCUUAAUAUUGAAGCUCUUACUGAAGAAUGUCAAUUUAAUGUUGAUAUUUAUGAAGAAUCAAAUAUAAAUAGUACUAAACAACAAUCUUCCAUAGGAAAGAAACGACUAUCUACUAAAACAUAUGCUAUUACUGCUUGGACUAAUGUAUCUAAGGACAUUGUUAUGGCAGAAAUUAAACGAAAAUUUGGAGUUGAAAAUAUACAAUAUAUAUGUGUAGGCUAUGAAAACAGUCCUAAAACAAAUAAUCCACAUCUUCAUAUACAAAUUAUUCUUAGAGAAAAACGUAGUAGACAAAGUGGUUUUCUUGAUCAAAUUACAAAUACACAUUGUAAUUAUCAAAUCACAGAAAAUGAUAGAGCUUGGAAUGAAUAUAUUAAAAAAGGUGGUGAUUACAUUGAAUUCAAUUCAUUUAAAUCAACAACAAAAUGGGGUACUCAAUAUUGGCCAUCUCAAUCAUCAUCAUCAUCAUCAUCAGUUGCAACAUCCAAUAAUAUACCACUACAAUCUACAAUAACUGCAGUCGAUCUUCCUUCUCCUCCUCCUCCUCCUCCUCCAAGUAUCACUUCGAUUAGAACUACUACUGCUGCUGUUGCUACAACUACUGUCAGAGGACGCGCAGAAGAGCAACGAAAACAAAAACGAGCCAUUGCAAGACAUGCAUUUAAUUUAGCUAAGACAAGUAUCAGAGAUGCUCUUCAAUUCAUGUUAGAGAAUUCGGACCCACUUGAUUUUCUUAAAUAUGCUACAUGGUACAAAAAUACAUUUAGUGUUAUUUAUUUGUUAUAUAAUGAUACAGCUAGUCCUGAUACUACUGUCAAAGAAUAUACAUGGCCAGAAUCAUUUCCUGACUGUACACCAACAUUACGUGAUGUCGUUAAUCAAUGGUAUACAGAAGAAUUUGUAAAGACAUCACGAGCUAAAUGUUUAAUUCUAAUUGGAGGAACUGGUACUGGAAAAACAUCAUUUGCUAAAUCAUUACCUGGCCAAUAUAAUUAUUUUCAAGGACGAUGGCGAUUAGAUAGUUGGAAGAAUUCUGCUCAUUAUUUAAUUUUUGAUGAUAUUCCUUGGGAUCAAUUUGAACAAUUAGGGUUUCCAUCUAAAAAAGGUUUAUUAACACAAAAUGGUCUGACAAUGGCUACAGAUAAAUACAGACCAAGUACAAAAAUUAAUAUUCGACAACCAGCUAUCGUUCUUUUAAAUGAUGAAGAUGCUGGCUCAUUAAUUGCUCAACCUCCUCUCACAGUUGAACAACAGCAAACUUUUAAUUAUUGGCAACAUCGAGCGAUCAUCUAUCAUAUGGGACCUGAUGAAUAUUUCCAUAAGCCAGAUUAUUAUCAAGCUGAUAAUAUUAACCAAUAA